CGAGUAAACCGCGAGGGGCACCGAGAGGGGCUGUAGCAUGCGAAGAGAGAGAGGCAGGCAGCAGCAGUAUCAGUGUGAGUCGCCGUGCACGCUGAGGCUGCUCCAGGAUUGUGCACUUCGGAGUCGCGAGGUGGAAAAAAGAAGGGGAAAAAGACAAAGCUUGGGGGGUCAGGGUGGAGGAUAUUGACAGGACAACAUUGGGUCGAGGCUGAAUUGCAGGGGAAUCGAUCGAUCCAGGUGCAAAAAUCCCACUAUCGGAGGAGGACGUGCACGAGGGGUUGCGGUCGGAAAACCAAGACUACUCUACCCUGCAUUUUGGCCAGGCUCUGUGUGUUUUCGGAGAGGCGUCGUGGGAUGAGAGACGAGGACUGAACAUCGCGACCAGGAGUUUGCAGGGUUGAGUCCUGGCGAAAGCACAGAGCUCUUGCUGUGGUCCGUGAUUCUGUGGCGUGGGAAGAAGAAGCCGAGGAGGUUGUGCCGCGGAAUUGGUGGUAUUUGUAGGCGCGUGGAAAGUGGGUGAUUCUGUUGGUGCCGCGCCUCUGUCGUGUUGGGUGCUGGAUUUCGACGCCUGCUUCAUGUAUUGCACUCGAGAUUUGCUGGUAGCAGGUGGCUGGACAGUUGAUCACGAACGCGAACCUUGUUGCAAUGUCGACACUCUCUGAUCCACAUUAGACUGCGCACCUGGCAGGUUUAGAGGGGGAGUUCGCUUGAGAGACUUGCUUGAAUUUUGUCUUCAUUCUGUUCCGCCGUCUCCUUUUUUUUCUUUUUCCUUGGAGAGUGGUAUUCCAAGGUCGUCAACCUGGCAACCCUGGAGCAUAACGACAUGAGCAGGCGAUGCUCGCACUGCGGCCUCAAUGGACACAACAGCCGGACGUGCCCCGAACGAGGGGUGCGGCUGUUCGGGGUGCGGCUGACGGACGGCGUGAGCAGCACGAACAUGCGGAAGAGUGUGAGCAUGAACAAUUUGAGCCACUACUCGAACGUGCACAACCCAGCGUCGCCUCCAGAGCAGUGGGAGUCCGGAGCGGCUCCCGACGGGUAUGUGUCGGAUGGUCUGGUGCAGACGUCGAACAACGCUCGAGAGCGCAAGAAAGGUGUACCAUGGACGGAAGAUGAGCAUCGUCUAUUCUUGCUGGGAUUGCAAAAGCUCGGAAAAGGUGACUGGAGAGGUAUUUCGAAGAACUUUGUGCAAACCAGGACACCGACACAAGUUGCUAGCCAUGCCCAGAAGUAUUUCAUCAGACAAAGCAACAUGAACAAGAGAAAGAGACGAUCCAGCCUUUUUGACAUGGUUUCGGAGAUAGGUAUUCCUUCGAUUGCCGAAGAGUCCACGUCCAUCGCUGAUGAGGAGCACGCCACCCCGCUCCCGCAGUUGAGCCUGGGUCACAGCUCCCUCUACACUGCAGCAGGGGUGCUGUACGAGGCGUCGUCGAUGCAGGGAUACAGGCUGCCAGUUCGGCCUCACUCGGUGCCCAAGCAUGCAAGCCUGCCCAUGGCGUUGCCGUUGAUGGCGGUGGGAAGCAGCAGAGGAGGAAGAGGAGCAGCGGGUGCAGAGGGGAUGACGACGGAGGUGGUGGGGAUGAUGGGGUUCGAUGCCAAGAGCUCGUCCAGAAGUGGGCUGGAGAGACCAGUCGCGCGGGGGAUGAGCAGCAGCUACAACAUGGAGAGCAGCUCCUCCAGGAGCGCCAUGGACAGAGGCGGCCCGGCCGUGCCAGUGGCAGUGGCAUCAUGCGCGGGAGACCCGGGCGUGCGCGUCGGUGGAGCGUCGGGGGCUGGAAGCAUACCGUUCUCGUUCAGCUGGUGGGCAGGGCUGGGGCAGGGCAGGCCGAUGGGUCCGUCACCGCCGCAGUGCAACAUCGUGAGACCGACAGCGAAGGUGGCCGCGGUGAGCUCAGCACCAGCGAAGAUGGAAGAGGAGGAGGAGAAAGAGGAUGGUCGGGACAUCGCUGAGCUGAGCUUGGGACCGUCGCGUGCGGAGCCUUCGCAGCUGACGGCAAAACUGCUGGAGGCACCGUCGAGGCAUUCGUCGGCGUUCCACGUGAGCUCGUCGUUCGAUGCGAACAGCAUACAGCAGGGAGUGAAUGCGAUCAGCGUGGUGUGAAGCGGGCAGAGGGAGGGAGGGAGAGAGAGAGAGUAGGAAGAAGAGCGUAGGAGGUGUAGAGUAGGUGGCAGGGCAACUCCGGUGCAUAGGAAGGAGAGCCAUGAACGGAAGAAGGAAAAGAAGCAGCAGCAGAAGUGGCAUGAUAGAGGGGUCGCUGCAGAGAUAAAUUCUUAUGUACAUAGCUACAUUUAUUGGUGCGCCAGAGCAGAGAGAAGACCACAGCAGCUGUAAAUUUGCGACGACGUUGAAGAAUUCAUUUCAGUGCGUCGACCCACGACAUGAGAAUCGACACUCAGUCUAAGCUUCGGAGGUUUCCUGUUAGUUUUAUUCGAAACAUAGUGAAGUUUGUGGCAGCUAAAUUAUGCACGCAUCUGGUGUUUGCUUUGGAGUUGCGAUAACUAAUGAAUAUAUUGUCUCACUUGGUUUGGUGUA